CCCGAGUUAAAUUUGCCGCACUCAAUAGCUAAUCCAAGCCUCUAUAAAGUAGACCAUAAGAGCAACAGAGCAGAAAGGGAAGAAAAGAUGGCUGGACAUUCACAGGUCAUUAAGACUAGAGUUGUCAGGAUAGACUCAGAGAAAUCAUGGGAUUUCUUCAUCAAUCAAGCUACCAAUAAAGAAUGCCCUGUGGUGGUGCACUUUACAGCUUGUUGGUGCAUGCCCUCGGUAGCCAUGAAUCCUUUCUUUGAGGAAGUAGCCUCGAACUAUAAACAUAUUCUGUUUCUCUCAGUGGAUGUUGAUGAAGUGAAGGAGAUAGCUACGAGGAUGGAGGUAAAGGCCAUGCCAACAUUUUUAUUGAUGAUGGGAGGGGCUAGAGUGGAUAAGCUGGUGGGUGCAAAUCCAGAAGAGAUAAGGAGAAGGAUUGGUGGUUUUGUUCACACUAUUCAUGGAUACAAAGCAAUCUAAGAAGUGGACAAAGUGCCAAACAUGGCAUCCUCAAGGUUGUACAAGAACUUGCUGUAAAUGAAGGGUUUUGCAGUGUUUUUUCUUGAAGAUUUCCUCUGUGAUCUGUGGGCUUGACUUGCUUGUAAUUUGAUUGUGGUUUCCAGGGCUUGGAAACCCUAUUCAAUGGUUAAAAAAAUUGCCAGUUCUUUUCUCACCA